AUGCGCUACGACGACUGGGAUGUCAUCCUUUUCCCGACUGGCCGAGACGCCAAAAUUCCCUUCAAAGAGUUCAAGGUCGCCUGCCAUGCGAUUCCCGAUGUCGAGUUGUCCCACAUUCACGGCUCAGCUGGUAUGUCGGUAAUGAUGCCGGUAAUGACCUGCUUUGUCCCGAGUUUGCCGGCCGGGUCCUCGUUCCAGAUAUCCCUUCACUGCUGGCGCAACCCCGAGAUCAGCCAAUUCACCCGGACUUACAGCAAGCACAUGGAGCUAGUCAAAUAUGAGGCCCGUAUUCUCCUCGACGGACGCUUGGUUGCUUCGACUGUCCUUGACCGCAAAGUCAACGGCCCACAUCUUAUCACUAGCACAUUUGAAUUUACCAAAACCGGCGAGCUUGAGCGACUCAAGUUUCCGCAUUUCCGUCGCGAACUUAUGUUUCAGAGCCACUGGAAUCCCGCGGACGACAUUGGUCGAAUCAAGGUCGUGAUCAGCGAAGGCUUCCCUCGGGACUCCCUCUCAGUUCCCAUUGAGAGAGUCAAGAACGUCGUGGCAUUUUCCUUUCAGCAUGCUCCUCUUGAGAUUCUCGAGGCCAAUGGCAUCGCAUGGCCCAAUCCUUCGAUGUGGCGACGUCCUUCCGCGAACCCUUCGAUGCCAGUCCCCACAUACCAAACCAACGAUGGAGCAGAUCUUCACAGCCACUCUCCACGCCGCAAGUCAUUGCUUCUUCGCAACGUCAAAAGCCAAGGGUUCCCUACUCCUCCAAUACCGGGCAGCAUCUUCCAGCCCCAAACAACGUCAGGAUAUCUUGGCAGCUCAACAUUUCCCACCCCUCUUCUUCCCCGUACUUCUGUCAAUACGUAUGCGGACCCUUUUAGUUCAUCGUCAGCAUACAUGGACUGGGUAAACUCCAUGAGCUCCAUCGUCAAUAGCGGACAGUCAAGCGAUUCAAACAACUCUUUCAAGGCCUUUUGGUCGAGCUCUACGAUGCAGGCGCGCAAGCAAACAAGUGACAUUAGCAUGCCGGAUUAUAGCGCCACCAUGGACGAAGUCGAUGACAUGAAGGUUCCGACCAAUACGCCUACAGCCUUGGAUCUAGAUCAUCAAUACCAUCUGCCUCAGCAUCGCCACGAUGCGUCGCUGCUGCCCCCGAAUCUUGCAUCCAGUCUGACACAGUCACUCUUGAACCAACCCAUUCCGCUUCCAUCGUCAGAAAUCAAGUCCAAGAAGGAGACCAGACAUCACCUGGGAAUGGGGCUAGGGGAGGUCGAUCCCAACACGGCCUUCCGAAUGGGAACACCUAUCCCCGGAUCAGGGGGUGCGGCCUGCCACUCUGCACGGUCAUCCUCCACAACAUCAUCGAGCGAAGAGUGCGGAGACCGCGGUGGGUUGUUCGGAGACAAGGGAAAGGAAAACGCUGCACCGCCGACGCUACCAGAUCAGACGGUUUUCUCUGGUAGUUCGAGAAGCACCUCAGGAGGUGAGCUUUGCUACAACAGCGGUGUCAAGAGGAACAGAACGUUUACGCCUGCGAGUGCGAGGGCCAUUGAUGAUGAGGAUGAGCCAAGAAGGGCUAGUCCCCAUGUCCGGGUUGCCGAUUAUGCUAGUGACAGUGAGACUCUUGGGACGUCCGUUGCUUGA